GGCUUGAAAUAUAUGUUUUUAAUUUUCAGUCUUAUAUUGAAAAAUUGUUCGACGAUAUAUUAAGUUUAGGACGAUGGCACGAAAUGACGCUGCAUGUUUUGAGAUUUUGUCAUCUUUUUAUUUUCAACGCGAUAUCGAAAGCAGGGCAUUUAAGCUGAGAAGUUGUUAAUUGGAAUUCGUGGAAACGUCCUUUUUAUAUAAGUUAUAUACUAUAAAAUGAAGCAAUCUUUUACUUUAACAGGGUUAGAGAAAGACGGACAAUUUAAAAAAGAAUAAAAAUCUUCUCCCAAAAUCUGCCAGCGUGGAUUAAUUUUGUGCGCAGCAGGAGUCGCUUUGAGCGAUCUCAUGAAAUUAUGAUAGUUUUGAGACAUGCAUUAAAAUAUGAAUGUGUAGCUUGGUUACCAUGCAAAUUAAGAAAGUAUAAAAGCAGCUUUGUCGUGAGAUGUUUGAAUUGUGAGCACUGCAUAUGUGAUCGAAACAUUUUAAUCAGUUUGAUCUUAUUUUUUCCGGCGAAAUCUAACAUAUUGAUAGCGUUAUAUAAAUGAGUGCUGACAUGCAGCAAUGAGCCUAAUAGACCAUAUAAUCAGCAUUUCAUGUUAUAAUUCAUCUAUCUCGUUUAGAUUGUGAGCUAAAAAGUGAAGAAUAUAUCAUCAAAUUGAGCAAUAAGACAGAGACGUCGACAUCUCGAUCCGUCCUAAUUAUCAAAGUGAAGGAUUUGAAAUAAAAAUCAAGACGGCACAUACAGCUUAUAGUCGGGGUAUGAUACUGAUUUUUACCGAGUUUCUAAGAAAAUCAACUGAUACAGGAAUUGAGAAAGAGAGCUUCAGUAAAAGUCAAAAUUGGAAUAUUCGUGCCUUGGCUUUUCAGCGAGCAAAAAUGUCUGGUAUACCAUGGGAAAGCGAGGAAAGACAAAACUUCAUUCGAGCAGACUACAUUGUCAGUGACGUUGUGAGGAAGGAAUUAAGAAGUUUCUUUAUUCGGGAAUGGAACAAACGUUACCAGGCUUCUCUUGGAGCAUGGGAUGACACAAAAGCAAGUGGUAGUCAGUUGUUUAAUCUCGAGAAAUCACGGGCAAGACCAAAUAAGUCCAUGCUUCAGUCCAAAUUUAAUCACGGAGAUACAAAUGAGUGGGAUUGCACUGUACUUUUUGAUGCAAUUCUUUUUUCCAAAUCGAUUGGUGCAAGCCUUAAUCCAACGCAAAAAACUGAAAUCGAUAAUCUGAGAAAACUACGAAAUGAAAUAACUCGUGAAACUGAAAAAACGCUGGAUGAUGCCGACUUUCAAACCAAGACAACAGAUGUUAUAAAUGCAUUGAAUGCAUUAGAACUGUCAAGCAAUGAAGCCGUUCGAAUUAAAAACCUCUAUAAAUCCUUCCAAAUUCUACUUCCCAAGCCAACUCAUGAAGUCGUGUCUCAUUCUGACAAGAUACACGAGAUAAGAAAAGAUCUUGAAAAGUUGCGCAGCGAUAACGAUGGCAAACUUACAUAUUUUUACAUCUCUGGGAAUCCCGGAAGUGGAAAAUCUCAACUCGCCAGACAAGUUUGUGAAGAUAUUUGGAAAAACGUUCACGCGAAGCAUGAAGCAAUGUUUGUAAUGACAUUGAACGGAAAAGAUUUAGAUUCUCUUUUAUAUUCCUAUGAAGAUUUUUGUCGUAAGCUAAAUUGCAACGAAAGCGUAUUAAAAAAUCUUUUGAGCUCUUCUAAACCAAAAGAUGAGAAAAUCAAAGAUUUGAGAUCGCAAAUAUCCAGCAGAAUUAAGCAUUGGAAGAAGUGGUGGAUUAUCGUCGACAAUGUGGAAAAUCUCGAGCUCAUUUACCCACUACUGCCUCUGAUGGGCGACGAUGUUUGGAAUAACGGUCAAAUCAUAGUGACGACACAAAACAAAAAUGCAGUUCCUUCCGACAGCUUGUCAAGUAAACAUAUUUCACUUAGUCUCGGUAUGAAUGACCAAGAGUGUCGCCAGCUUCUUGCCCUGUUAUCAAGAACUGGUGUCAAUGAUUCAUUACUAGAUGAGGUGGCGGAGAAGUUAGAUCGUCAACCACUGGCAAUGGCUGCCGCAGCCGCGUAUAUGGGCCAAGUCAUCGAGAGUCUCCCAGAUUUUUCUUGGCGAGUUUACUUAGAAAAGCUUGAAAAAGGGAGAAGAGAAUUAACAGAAGAGCGUCUCAAGCAGACAAAUUCAGCAGCAUAUUCAUCCACCAUGAGUGCAGCUGUGCUUUUAGCUGUUACAAAAUGUGCGGAAGAAAACAAAAUUCUUGGACAUGCAUUCAACCUUUUCUCUUUAAUAUCGUUUGAACCACUACCACUUGAUCUUGUUGUGAAAUACAUUCAGCAGGAAGAUGAAGAGUUGGAUGCUGAGGAUAUCAUUCUUCCAAUAAAACACUGCUCGUUGUUUGUUCAUGUUGGGAAUAAGGAGAGCAAUAUCCGUCUUCAUCGGGUUGUACACGAAGCAGUGAAAAUAUUUUGUCUUCCGAAAGAACCUAAAAUUGAUAAUACUUCUGAGAGCGAAGUUCCAAGAAAAAGAAAGAAAACAAUCCAUAAUCAUUUAGAAGCAGUAGCUCGGAAAGUGUUAAAAACAUUGUAUCACUUCGAGGAUCGGAAAGAUAAAAUUAAAUUGAUUUCACAUUUAAAAGCAUUUAACGCAGAAAUUAACAAACUCUUUCCAAAUGAUGGGUUAAAUAUAGCAGGUCUAAAUCUUGAAACAAUAAGUGUUUAUCAGUUCUUUGGAGACAUAUUAUGUGACUUUUCCGAGUUUAAACUCUCAGAGGAAUUUCUUCAACAAGCAAUGAAAAUGGCAUUAGAACAAUUUGGGCCAAAUGAUAUUAACCUUUUUGAUUGUUACAACUACCUAGGUGUUGUAUGUAAUAAGAAGGGAGAUCAGAAACAAUCUUUGGAUUAUCAUCAAGAGGCGCUGAAAAUUGUUUUAGAACAUUUAGGAUCAAACGACAUUAAAGUUGCUGUUUCAUACAACAAUCUGGGUAGUGUGUUUUUUACUAAAGGUGAUUUCGAACAGGCAGGUGAUUUUUAUCAACGGGCACUCAAAAUUGAAUUACUACAAUUAAAACCGAAUCAGGUUAACGUUGCAGCUUCAUACAACAACCUGGGAAAUGUGUGUAGUGAAAAAGGUGAUCUGAAACAAGCUUUGGAUUAUCAUCAAAAAUCGCUGGAAAUUAAAUUAGAACAAUUAAAAGAGAACCAUAUUGAUGUUGCUGACUCUUAUAACAACCUUGGUAAUGUUUGUUGUGACAAAGGCGAUCUGGAACAGGCCAGUGAUUAUUAUCAACGGACCCUAAACAUUCGAUUAGAGCAAUUAGGGCCAGAUCAUGUUGACGUUGCUCGUUCAUACAACAACCUGGGUAUUGUGUGUCACAAUAAAGGUGAUUUGGAGCAAGCAAGUGAUUAUUAUGAACGAGGCCUGGAAAUUCUAUUACAACAAUUCGGACCGAGCCAUGUUGACGUUGCUAGUGCAUAUCUCAACCUGGGUGGAAUUUACUACAAGAAAGGCGAUCUUGAACAUGCUGAGGAAUACUAUCAAAAAGCACUGAGCAUUCAAUUGGAAAAAUUCGGACCAAAACAUAUUGAUGUUGCUAAGUCCUACCAAAACCUAGGUUCUGUAUAUCAUGAUAAGGGUGAUCUUAAACAAGCUGAGGAAUAUCAUCAACAAGCACUGAAAAUUCGAUUCGAAAUAUUAGGACCAAAUCAUUUUGAUGUUGCUAAGUCCUACCACUGCCUGGGUGAUGUAUAUUGUAAAAAGAAUGAUCUGGAGAAAGGCGGCGAAUAUUAUCAACGAGCACUGAAAAUUCAAUUAGAACAAUUAGGGCCAGAUCAUAUUGACGUUGCUACUACAUACAGUAGUCUUGGUAUGAUGUGGAAUAUUAAAGGUGAUGAAGAAAAGGCGAUUGAAUACUAUCAACUGGCGCUGAAAAUUCGUUUAGAAAAAUUUGGAGGAAACCAUGCUGAUGUUGCUGCUACUUACAGAAAGCUGGGUCACGUAUAUAUUGAUUUGGGUGACGAAGAGAAAGCUAAAGAAUAUUAUCAACGGGCAGAUCUUAUUGAUAAAGGUGAUCAGGAAGAAUCGUCUCCAAAAGUUCCAGGCGAAAUUAUUACAUUAACAGGGUCAAAAGAUGAAUGGUUUAAAGAAACCAUAUUGGACGAGAAUUAUGACAUGAAAGCUGUUUAUGUGAAUGAACUGAGAAAUGAAAGGCUCUCUUGGCUGAAAGAUUUCUCCAUUGGUAUUAAUAAAGAAAAAAAAUCAUGGCAGAUGUGCAUCACUUACGCUCGAAACACAAAACCCUGCAUGCAAGAUCUAAAGAACGUGUUUGGUGAUAACAUUGCUCCGUUUGUUAAGUUUACCGAAGAAAGCGACGAUAAAGAUGAAUAUCUUCAAGGACCUAGUUCUGGUGAUACCCUCUGCUUAAGAAAUAAUGACAUAGAAAAUCGCGGGACCUUAACCAUCCUUGCCAACCAGACAUCAAAUCCUGGAAAUCGCUACGCGGUCACUUGUUAUCAUGUGUGUUACUGCCACGAAAAUUUUCCAAAUGACAUUACUGAACAACACAGGAGACUGAAGGACGACUGCUCAAAUGACGCGACCGGCUGUAGAAGAACCGAGUGCUAUUACAUACAUGGAAAUGAAUUCGAAUUGGGAGAAUUCGAGUGUGGUUUGUACGACGACAGCAACGAUAUUGCUCUCAUCAAACUGACGCCGGGGCUAACCUUAGAUCGCGCCAUUGCUCUCCUUGGAAAUGGUGUUCAAUCAGAAUUAUUAAGUAAACAAGAAGUCGGAAAUAUAUUCGAAAGGUGCAUGGCUGAGGGUAAAUUACCUACAGUCAAAAAAUAUGGUGCGGUGACAAAUGAAACACAAGGGGAACUUCAUUCCAUAACAUCAAUGAGGCUAUCUGACGGCAGAAAUUUGGGUUUUUAUGGAAUUCAAGAAACACGUGAAGGUGCCUUUGCCGAGAGAGGCGAUUCCGGCUCCUUGGUUUGUAUCAUAGAUGAAGAUAAAAAAUUACCUUUUGCAAUGGUGUGCAAUCGCACUGGUCAGGUCUUUUAUUGUUCAAAUUUACGCAAUAGUUUAGAGGCAUUAAUAAGAAGGCAUGAAAUGAUGAACAUUCAACCUAUCUUAAACUGACAAACAACCUUGGGUUAAAUUUAUGUAAAAUUCACAGAAUAUUUAAAGAGUUUCGUGCACGAAUGCUCAGUAUAUAAAGAGCUGGUUAAGGUGAUCAAAAAGGCUUAUCUAUCUUAUCUUACACACUGUAGACCCUGUCGAAGUGUCCUAAAAAACCUCAAACUGUUGAAAUCACCCAUAACAUUAAUGUAAUAGCUGGAGUUUGAAUGCCUAAGCAUCCUGUUGGGACCAACAAAAAGUAUAAAUGUUUGUCAUAAGCAUUUUAUGCGUGAUGCAGUUAAAUUUGUUUGUGCAAAUUAUUUUAGUAACAAAAUUCACACUUUACAAAUAAGGAUAGCAAUAUUUACAACUCAAGCACCAUCACCUUCGACAAGUCAUGAACUUUCCGAACAAGUCAUUCAAAUUUUUACAAUAGGUGAUUUCAAUAGUUUGGGGGGUUUGGGGGCACCCUGUUAGCAUUCAUGAAGCGAAUUUUCAGACUUGCAAAAAGAGUUCACCCUUCCUCCGGUAGGAUUUCAAGUUUCGAAAACCUUCCUCAAAUUGCCGUUACGACACUGAAUCAAGUGGCAACCAGGAUAAAGAAAUAUUUGGGUUUUUUUGGUACAUGCAUGUGAUCAAAUAGAGUGUUCAACUUUGAACCUUCCUCACAAACCUCAUUCAAAGCAAAUCUUCCUCAAGGGUGGUACUCGUGUACCCGCAACUUUUUUGCAACUCUGCGAAUUUUAGUCUAAAAGACAGGAAUUAAUUAUUAUCACGAUACAUGCAUGAUAUUUUUUAUCACGCAUCACCACUUUUAUGACUAGUAUUGGACACUGUUUUGUUGUAUUUGUGCGCACUUUCUUUUCAAAAUUUCCCAAUAAAGUAACUGUAAAAUGCACAACGUGUCAGAGUCAAGCUCUCUUGGUGAUUACAUCAUAAUUAUUACGUCAUCUAUCCAGCUUUUGU